AUGACAGACUCAGACACCUUCCAGCGGAUAGACACCUAUUCGUACCCACUUGCCGGCCACAUAUACUACAGGCCGAGACCGAGGGAGCCAGGCCGCAGGUCUCCGAACUUUCCGACGCCGCGCUUUCGGGCUCGCACGCGAAGACCGCAAUCUAUCCAUAUUGUCUCAUACCCCCCAGGAUAUAUACCUCACGACCUCAGACCUGCAAACCCGGCCAAGUCCAAAAAACAGGCGAAAGCGAACAAUCGCAAACCCAACGGCGGCGACGAAUCCAGAGAGAAGAGACCGAAUACAUCGAGCUCAUCGCGGCGUGUGUUCGAGAAGGUCCUCUCGCCUCUGAAGUCACACCUCACGAACAACACUCCCAAAGAAGUUCCACAGUUGACUGGCGUCCCUAGUUCUGCUCGACCUAGCACUUCUAGUUGGCGAGACGCCUCUAGGCCCCCGUCUAUGAUUACUAUUCCCUCCCACGGGGCAUCUCCGCUGCCCACAUCCACCAUGGUAGACACCCGACGAGCUUCUUUGUUGGGAACAGGCGGUCUUCAGAAUGCCCAGAGGAAUAGCUUCAUGGCGAUACGAUCAGCGAAGAACAUUAUGAGCUCCGUGACGGAGGUUCCCAAACCGGUCGCUUCCGGCUCCGGUGUUUCGUGCUCCAUCAUUCUGGCAGAGCCCAACAUCUUUCUCACAGGAUUCGAGCAUGAUGGCCACCCACGUCACGAGGCUGCGAACUCGACUGCAUUGCUGAGGGGCAGGCUGCAGCUGGACGUGACCAAGAACGUCAAAUUGAAGUCCGUGACCUUGAAGCUCUCCGGCAAAGCCAGGACGGAAUGGCCCGAGGGCAUUCCUCCCCUCAAGGUUGAGCAGUAUGAAGAGGAGUCGCUCAGAACUCAGGUCCUAACCUUCUUUCACGCCAUGCACGAGACCUGGGAGACUGAAUACGGAAACCAGUGCACCUACUCGAUACGAGGCAGCCAAGAGAGCGCUUCUAACAUAAAUCUCUCGAUCCCGUCACAAUCUCAGCUCUCCCUGGGAACGAGGCGGCAGAAUGGAAAUCUCACCGCGAAGGAAUACAAAAGACUAUCGCUACAAUCUACACAAGCCCGCAGUUUUGGGAAAGGGGAUUCCCCUAGUGGCAGCUCCGUUCAGCUUAAAGGUUACAAGGUCUUUUACCCAGGUACUUAUGAGUACACAUUCGAACUUCCUAUCGAUCAUCACCAGUUGGAGACCGCAAAGCUGCAAUUUGGGUCGGUCAAGUGGGAGCUUGAGACGAUCGUGGAGCGCGCAGGUGCCUUCAAGCCGAAUCUACAUGGAACAAAGGAGGUCUCUAUCGUUCGCGUACCGGACCAAUUGUCCUUGGAGAUGACCGAGCCCAUCUCUAUCAGCAGGCAAUGGGAAGACCAGCUUCAUUAUGAUAUUAUGAUUUCUGGAAAAUCGUUUCCUAUAGGAACCAAGAUUCCGAUCGCCUUCAAACUCACGCCUCUGGCCAAAGUCCAAGUACACAAGCUCAAAGUGUUUGUCACCGAAUCUAUCGAGUACUGGACAAAUGACAGGCGCGUGACUCGCAAAGACCCCGGGAGGAAGAUAUUACUCUUGGAGAAGUCGGCGGGAAAGCCUCUGGACAAGCAGUUUGAGAACUCCCAGAUCGAAAUCUUGAGUGGCGGUGAGCUUUCACCGGACGAGAGACACGAGGCCCGCUUGGCUGCAGCUCGACGCAGGAGUGUCGAGGCCACCAGAACACACACAGCACCGCAGCCGCUGCCAGACCCGGCAGAUAAUCUUCUAGGUGACUUGGACCUGGGUCUGGAGUCGUACUGGGGAGCAACAGAGAUCGAAAUGAACGUUCAAAUCCCAACGUGCGAGCAAAUGGCUAAAGACAAGAGCCUGCGCCUCAACCCCGAUUGUAGCUGGAGAAACGUUAACGUCUACCACUGGAUCAAGAUCGUGAUGAGGAUAUCCCGACUUGACCCAGAAGAUCCAGCUGGGAAGCGCAGGCGGCAUUUUGAGAUCAGCAUCGACUCUCCAUUCACGGUGCUGAAUUGCCGGGCGACACAGGCCAACACAAGCUUGCCAGAGUAUACCGGCGCUGAGCAGCCCAUGUAUCGACAGCAAGCUACGUGUGGCUGCCCGGAUGCUAACAUUGUGGCCACGAACCCAUCGCCGGCCUCUAGCACGGGCACCAUUCCGUCUGUUGAGCCUACACCGAUAGACAUUGACACAUCGUCUCUUCCGCCGCCCCCAACAGCCCACAUUGGUAGCCAGGCGCAAGCGGGCGGUACCCAAUCUGUGCAACGCCCGAUUCAUCUUUUGCGGUACCCUUCGUUUAACCCACCGGCCUUUGAUGCUGACGAGGCGCCGCCACCUCUUCCUACACCACCUCCUCAGUACGACCAUGUUGUCGGCACCCCUAGUGUGGAUGGACUAGCGGAUUACUUCGCUCGCCUUGCAGAUUACGAUGAUGGCGAUAGCGAUAGUGGCGACGAGGAUUUUGACCGCCCAAGCAGAAUUAUGGAGAGAGGGCGAGUAAACAUAGCCAAUCCUAGGACCCCAGGUGGGAGAUCGGUACCGAGCCGAAGCCUGGACAUAUCCAGGCCUGCAGUACCAAUGAAUCUCAACAUGGCCGGGGCUUUGAAUGCGAGACGAGGCUAG